AUGGGGCACUGCCGGCUACUGGCUUGCCGCACCUGGGCAGGGGCACAGACACGCAGGGCGGUGGUUCAGCCUGGACGGCACGAGCGGGCUUUCCGGCCCGCUCGUGGCCCGUUUAGGACCGGCCCGUACGGUCCAGGCCCGAUAGAAAAAUCGAUAGAGGCCCUGCCGAGCACCCCUUCCCCUCGUUCCAUCCCCUCCCUCCUCGCUCGAUUCCUCCCCCUCCUCACAAACAGAGGCGCCUCCUCCUUUGCUCUAUCCCUAACCCUAACCCAAGGCGACGGCGCCGUUGCCCGCGGCUCUCCCUUCACCGACGGCGUCAUCUCUUCCGAGUCCGAGCUGGAGGAGCACAUCUACGUCGGGGAGGCAGCAAGGCCAGCACGCCGUCGGUCCGUCCUUCCCUGGUUCCUCACCGAGCGCCACGAAGAGGAAAAGAUAAUGGUGAAGGAGAAGGGGAAUGAGAAGGGAAAGGGUGCUGGUAAGGAGAAUGCGAAGGCGAAGGCAAAGGAGAAAAGCGUGAAUUACCUAAUUAGACAAGAUUCGGCGUUGCCUCCGCCGGUUCCGAGGAAGAAGAGGAAGCCUAAGGUGCAGAUUAAGAAGGCGAAAGACUUUCCCAAUGCCCCAACGGGAGAGUUGAUUUGUAGGUUAAAAAAACACCAUCCACCUCCGAGGCGUCUCCCCGACCGCACCGGUGCCGGCGUGCGUGCCGCGGAAGCCGCUGCCUCUACUAUUGUGGUAGAUGACGAGGAGAAGGAGGAUGAGGACGAGGACGAGGACGUGGACAUGGAUGAGGAUGAGGACAAGGACAAGGACAAGGACGAUGGGGAAUAUGAGGAGCAAAAUCUGUUUAUAGUCCCACCACAACCGGGUGCUGAUAUGUCGGAUGAUGAUACAUCAGAAGGGUAUAAGGAAUCAGCUGAUGAACUAGAAGGUGACACUAUGUCCGAGGAAUCACUUGUGCAUGUUGUAUCUAGUGAGGAGGAGGCAAGAGAAAGGAAAAAGAACAAGAGGCGAAGAGCCAAUGCUCCUGUUAGGAUGUCAUCGGAUGUUUGGGCCCAUUUUCACAAGGUCAAAGAGCCAUCGACGGAGCAUCCGGGAGAGAUUGUGUUGAAGGCUGUUUGUAAUUAUUGUCCCAAAAAGAGGUAUGCGUAUACGCAAGGUGGCAGCACCUCAACUAUUGGAAGGCAUAUCUUAAAAUGUGAAGGUUUAAGGAACAAGAUCGCUAGGAAUGCCAUCCAAACAACUCUUGAACUGCGCAAAAUCAAUGGUCCAACAAGUGCUCCAACAAUGCACCCCUCUAUUGAGUACAACCAAGGAAUCGUCAAGGAGCUUAUUGCUAAGAUGAUAUGUGUGCAUGAGUAUUCAUUUAGAAUGGUUGAACAUGAGUGGUUCAACAUUCUGAUGAAAUGCAUGAAUCCAAAUUAUAAACCCAUUGGAAGGAAGGCAAUACGAGCCGAGUGCAUGAGGGUUUACAAGAACGAAAAAGAGGUGCUGAAAUCUCUCCUAAAGGGUGUGAGCUCCAUAUGUCUAACUACAGAUUUGUGGACAAGCAACCAAACCUUAUCUUACAUGUGUGUGGUUGCACACUAUAUAGAUGAGAAUUGGAACUUACAAACCCGUGUGCUUGCUUUCAUAGAGUUGGAUCCUCCUCACUCUGGAAAUGUCAUUGCGGAUGCUCUCUAUGCGGUUGUGCUAGAAUGGAAUAUUGAGACCAAAAUUAUGUCCGUCACACUUGACAACGCUUCAAACAAUGAUGGUGCGGUCGAUGCUUUGAAGGCCAAGUUCUUGUUCCGGAGAGACAUUCAUCAUGUGGAUGUUGAUCUUGCUAUUUUGGAGAUGAAUGUCAAAGUGAUAUUUCUCAUGUGAAGGCUACUUUUGCAUUUCUGUUAUGUUUGUCAUGAACUAUGAAUUGUCACUGCUAGCUUGGAGAUGAACCUCUCAUUUGUGUUAUGUUCAACUUGUCAAUUGCCAUGGACUUGGAAUUGUUAGAGCAAGUUUAUAAUCGUGUCGUUCAAUGAUGAUAAGACCUUAUGUUUGUGGAUGUGAUAUUGUGCUUAACCUGAUUUGUGCCAUCUUUCAUGUCAAAAUCAGUUUGUGGAUGUCCAAAAAACAAAGGAAAUGCUGUCCAAAUUUAGUUA